AUGGUUGUCACAAAGCUGCCGAAAAUUUGUACGCCGCCUCCGCCGCCGCCGCCGCCACUGCCGCCGCCGCCACCCUCGCGUGACCGCCCCGCCGCUUGCCACCCGUCGCCCGCGCCGCUCCGCGCCUCGGCGCCGCCAUGUGACUGUGUGGCGGUGUGUGUGAGUGUGUGUGUGAGUGACAGUGCUGGCGCGGCGCCCCCGCAUGAGUGUCCGUGGCGCGGCGUGCCGGGGGCGCUGCGCCCCUCGCCUGACGUGGCUACCACAGAAAGCGUCGUCUAUGUGGUGGUAGCGCUGCCUCGGCCGGGGGCGCCGCCCCCUGGCCUGCAGCCCCCGCCGGUGAGCGGGGCCAUGGACGCCGCGCCCUGGCGGGGGGUGAGGGACGCCUUCCUCAGGCUGUGGGCGCGGCGCGGCGAUCCCCGCCACGCCCCCCAGGACAAGUAUGACGCGCCCUCCUCCACCUCCGGGGAGACCGCCGCGGCGGGCGUGGCCACGGUCACGCUGGCGGUGGAGGGCCAGGGCAGCGGCGGCGGCGGCGGCGGCGGCGACGGGGAGUGCGGUGUGGAGGCGGGCGUGGAGGUGGGGGGCGGCGAGGGGGGCGAGGGGGGCGAGGGCGAGGGCGAGGAGGGCGUGUGUCUGGCGCAGGACACGCUGGACACGCUCAUCAAGAACCGCGGCUACCACGUGCGUGACCACGUGCCGCGCCGCGUGCUCGAGCACCAGGUCAUGGCCAACAUCCGCCGCAGGGAGCGCAUCGCCCGCAUCCUCAGGGAGGAGGAGGCCGCCCAUGCCCUCAUCCACGCCCCCGCCACGCCCCCACCGCCCCCACCCAUCGUAACGCGCCCCGCCGCCGACCGUACCCAGAUGAUUAGCCUGCUGACCAAGGUAUGGUCUGGGCGCGGGGCCAGCGUGCAGGAGCGGGGCACGGGCGAGGUGGAGUGGGCGCACAGUCAAUUUGUACUGGAGUGUGUCAGUGAACAUAACAGAUUCAGGGCUUUGCAUGAUGCGCCGCCACUUGUCUUGUCUGAACAGCUGUGCCUGGACGCCCAGUCGUGGGCAAACAGACUAGCGCAUUUUGGCCUUCUUGAGUACAGCACGGAGCACGGGCGUGGCGAAAACAUAUUGACCUCCACCACCAAGGACAUCCUCUCAGGUACAGCAGUGGUGGGCGCGUGGUACGAGACAGGACGCAACUUUAAGUACAACGUGCCGGGCCCCGCGGACCUCGCCCAGGCAGGGCCGUUCUCGCAGGUGGUGUGGCAGUCUACGCGGUCCGUGGGCGUGGGCGUGGCCCGCAGCUCUGAUGGGCGCACGGUGGUGGUGGCGCGCUACUGGCCGCCCGGGAACUUGGGUGGCGCCUUCGGAAGCAACGUAAAGCCCCCGAAGGGCGAGGUGCGGGCGCGCACGCCACAGGGCACGCCAAUAGUGUCACGCACCCGCCAGGAGGCCAAGCUGUACGUCAAGACGGCGCUGGAGCCCCCGGGGAAGGCCAAGCGCACCGACCGGGACUGGCUGGCCGGCGCCCUCAGGCUACCCUCUGUCAGGAAGGCGUCGGCGGGCGGCGGCAGCGGCGGCGGCGGUGGGCGUGGCGGCAGCGGCGGCGAGGCGGGCCACACCAUCCUGGGUGUGGGUGCGGGUCCUGGGCUGGCGGCAACCCUCGCCUCGUGCCGCAACGGCGCCGCCCGCACGUGCCGCCUGGUGCCCGUGUGCUGCGUGCCGCCCCCGCGCCGCGGCGAGGAGCGGUGGGCGCGCCCCAGCACGCGCCCGCCCUCGCGCCUCACUCGCCAGCCCGUGUCUGUGAUGGAGGCGUCGCCCGCCGCCCACCCAGAGAUGCUGCCGCUCAAACUCACGCCCGAGACCCCGCGGCGCCCCCGCUCCGCGCUGCGCCCCUCGCCUUCGCCCAAGAUGGGCGUGCAGGCCAAGCUGGCGGGGGGCGGCUCCCCCAGGGUGACGGGCACCUCACGGUUCGCUGGAUGCGGCUCCCCUCGCUGCGGCUCCCCGCGCCGCUCCUCCCCGCGGCGGCCCGGCGUGUCCUCGCGCCGCAGCGCGCCCUCGCGCCUGCGGGCGGGGGCGGGCGUGGCCGUGGCUACACUCUAGUGCUCAAGGACCCGCUGCGGUGCGGGGCGUGGUGGUGGUGGUGGUGGUGCAGCACAGGCCCGGUGCAGGCCAGCUGUGGUGGUGGUGGUGGUGGCGGUGCUGGGGCGCCAAGGUGCCAAGGUAGGCUAGUCGACGCUUCACGGGCCGCGCCGCGCCGCCGCCCACGCCUGCCGCCGCCGCCGCCUCUCUCCCUCAGUGACUCACGCAACUCAACACUCGCGGCGCGGCGGCGGCAGCGGCGAGGCGGCGCCCCGCGGCGGCCCUUCCCCUUCCCCCUGCUUCACUGCUUUCUGGCCCCGAGGACGGCGCCCCCCGGGGCCCGCACCCCUUCAAACACCGCUUGCUGACACCACCCGCGCACGGCGUAGCGUACACACACACACACACACACACACACACACACACAGCCAUCAAGGAAACACAGCAGAAGCACAACCAAAGACUCGUCCAAUCAGAACACAAGGAUCAAAAGCAACAACCAAUCAAGAGGAGGGUCGUCGCCUCAACAGCCAAUCAAACACUUCCUCUCACUCACGAAUCAAACCAAGCCAAACAAACAAACAAACAAACAAACAAUCAAUCAAACACUUAAUCACUCCUGUCUAUUGACAACCUUGGGAACCUCAUGCUGCAGGACGAAGAAGAAAAAGAAUAUAUAUAUAUAUAUAUAUAUA